UGUCCUUGCACCCACACCACACCACCUGCUGUGGUUACACAAAAGAUGCUUUUCACAUCCACAGUGCUUUAUACACACUGGGGUGUGUGUUUGUGUGUGUGUGUGUGUAUGACACACAGAUAUUCUUCAUUGGCUGCUUUCUGUCAAUAUACAUUGACAGAACUGGGAUGGGGGGGGAGUGUUUAUCUCCAUCAAAAUCUGUAGGAUUUACCUCAGAAAAUUAAAAUUGAGAAUGGGAAUGUUAAUGCAAAAGACCAGGUUUUUCUUUUUCAGCAAUCUAGCACAGUGUUUCUCAACCUCCGGUCUGCGGACUGGUGCUGGUCCAUGAGGCAUAACUAAUAAUGCCCCCCCCCCCCAAAAAAACCCAUUUCAGGCCAGCGGGGGCUGCCACCGGGAGCUCUCUGUAGCUCCUUUCCAGGCAGCCCUAUUUUCCAUUUUGCUUCUUCUAUGCCCUCCCACAAAUAUACUUCCCCAUCCAACCCCAGAGCUGUUUCUGAGCGAGGCCUCAAUUUCACUGCUGGUUUUUAAAGGCCUGCCUCCCACAGAAUUGCAAAAGGCAAAUUAUUGGGGUAGAAAGGAAGGAAGAUAUUGCUCCUCCGCUUGCUGCGUCAGGGAGGAGUCAGUUGACUUCAGGCCUCUGAACUGAUUUCAGUCAUGACAGGGAAUACUGCUUUCGGCCUGAUUUGAACCUGCACAUUGUUCACAAAGAUUACCAGGAAUACAGUGUUCCACCAUGGUUGUGGGAAGAAAAUAGAAGUGUUUUACAGCUCUCCAGUUACAAUGCUACAUUUAAAAUAGUAUUAUUUUUGCAGUUCCUGACCUUCAGUACUUACCCCACAUCUCUGAGAAGAUCCCAUAGCCAGGAGAAAGAUUUGCUGAUGUUGGACUAACAUGAUGGGAAAUUAUUGGAGGAGAGGUUAAGCAGCCCGUUCUAAGUUCUUGUCUGAGCCAGGAGUUUCACUGAUGACAUCUGGCCUCCUGAUAAUGUGUACAGACUGCUAAGAUCUCAACUUUCUAUAUGCUGCUGGGAAGUGGGACGCCCCUUUGGCAAUCUGUCAGUGCCAGGCUCAGCUGCAUCCUUUCACUGAGUGAUUUCUAACUAGACUGACAGUCCUUAAAACAAGUAUGCAGUUAAGCUGCUAAGGGAUGGAGGAAGCUAGUUUGUGCCUUGGCAUUUCUUCAGCUGUACCAGAAGCUGAUGCCCACCUCAACAGCUCCAUACUCAAUGGCCAAUAUUCGAUGAGCCAGAAGCUACACCAGAUAACAUCCCAGCUUAGUCAUGCAUUUCCAGAGCUUCAAAACCGGCAGAAUCCUGACGAAAAGACAGCAGUGCUUCUAGAAGACAAGAGCCACGUGUCCAUCGCAAGCCAGCCCAUCAGCAAUCAGAUGGCCUUGUUAGCCAAUCAACUCAACAGAGAGGUUGACACCAGCUUGAAUGGGAGGGUCGACCUGCAGCAGUUCUUAAAUGGACAAAAUUUAGGCAUCAUGUCUCAAAUGAGCGAUAUAGAGGAUGACGCCAGGAAGAACAGAAAAUACCCGUGUCCCCUCUGUGGGAAGCGCUUCCGCUUUAACAGCAUCCUGUCACUCCACAUGCGAACCCACACAGGAGAGAAACCCUUCAAGUGCCCCUACUGCGACCACAGAGCAGCUCAGAAGGGGAACUUGAAGAUCCACCUGCGCACUCACAAGCUUGGGAACCUGGGCAAAGGCCGCGGGAGGGUUCGAGAAGAGAACAGGCUCCUGCACGAGCUGGAGGAGAGGGCGAUUUUGCGGGACAAGCAGAUGAAGAGCAGCCUUCUGCAGCCCAGACCUGAUGUCAAAGCACAUCCGCACGCUCAGCCGAUGCCCCUUGCUAACUGCAAUUUGUCUGUGCCCACUAACCACAGCACCCCUGACAUUGCAAACCCGGUUCCCUCUCCAAAGCCUGCCAGUGUACAGGAGGAAGUAGUUGCCACUGCUGCUGGGUUUAGGUGCACUUUCUGCAAAGGAAAGUUUAAGAAGCGAGAAGAGCUGGACAGGCACAUCAGGAUCCUCCACAAGCCUUACAAGUGCACUUUGUGUGAUUUUGCCGCGUCGCAGGAGGAGGAGCUGAUCAGUCAUGUGGAGAAAGCUCACAUCACUGCCGAGUCAGCUCAGGGCCAGGGCUCCAAUGGAAAUGGAGAACAGGCCACGAAUGAGUUUCGUUGCGAGGUGUGUGGCCAGGUCUUUAGCCAAGCUUGGUUCCUUAAAGGCCACAUGAGGAAGCACAAGGAUUCCUUUGAGCACUGCUGCCAAAUCUGUGGCAGGCGUUUCAAAGAGCCUUGGUUCCUUAAGAACCACAUGAAGGUGCACCUGAACAAAUUAUCUGUGAAAAACAAAUCUCCCAAUGACCCGGAAGUACCUGUCUCCAUCAGCAGCAUGUCACAGGAAGCUCAUGCAAACCUGUACUCCAGAUACUUAUCCUGUUUGCAAAGUGGCUUCCUUCCUCCUGACAAAACAGGUCUCAGUGAGCAGAAUCAGACUUACAACAAAGGAGACUUGCCGAUGAAAGAGAGGGAAGUCCUGGGCAAGCUCCUGUCCCCCAUUGCAGGCCUGGGCCAUAGUCUUGCUGAGGGGGACAAGCAUUCUUUAUUGGGGUGUCUUAACCUUGUGCCUCCUCUCAAAUCCAGCUGUAUAGAAAGGCUACAAGCUGCGGCCAAAGCUGCAGAGAUGGACCCUGUAAACAGCUAUCAAGCUUGGCAGCUGAUGGCGAGAGGAAUGGCCAUGGAACAUGGCUUUUUGUCUAAAGAGCACCAGAUACAGCGGAGCCAUGAAGACACUUUGGCAAAUGCUGGAGUUAUGUUUGAUAAGGAGAAGCGGGAGUAUGUGUUAGUAGCAGCAGAUGGCUCCAAGCAGAAAAUGCCUGCUGAUUUGGUUCACAGCACUAAAAUGGGCAAUCAGAGAGACUUGUCAAACAAACUAGACCCUUUGGAAGGCAGUAGAGAUUUUCUGUCUCACGGUAUGAACCAAGGGCUCGAUUAUAACAUGCAGAGUCACAGCAACUCAAAAGAGAAGCCAACUGAGUGCCCUGACUGUGGCAGAGUGUUUAGAACAUACCACCAAGUUGUUGUUCAUUCCAGAGUCCACAAGAGAGACAGGAAGGUGGAGGAAGAGAUCAUUCAAGGGAGCCUUGAAGAGCGCCGGGGGUCUGGCAGUGACCAGGAAUCUCAAUCUGUCAGCAGGUCGACAACACCCGGGUCCUCCAAUAUUACUGAGGAAAGCGGACUGGGUGGAGGUCUCUCACAGGCAGGAAGUGCCCAAGAAGACAGCCCACAUCCUUCUUCACCUUCCUCUUCAGACAUCGGAGAUGAAGCGGGGAGAUCUGCCGGAGUCCAGCAGCCAGCUUUACUGAGAGACAGGAGUCUUGGGUCUGCUAUGAAAGACUGUCCCUACUGUGGGAAAACUUUCAGGACAUCUCACCACUUAAAGGUUCACUUGAGGAUACAUACAGGUGAGAAACCUUACAAGUGUCCCCACUGUGAUUACGCUGGCACUCAAUCUGCAUCACUAAAAUACCACUUGGAACGACACCAUCGGGAACGGCAGAAUGGAGCUGGACCACUCUCUGGACAGUCUCAAAGUCAAGAACACAAAGAAGAAACAUCAAGUAAAGGAUCAAUGUUCAUUAGACCUGAUGUACUGAGAGGAGCCUUCAAAGGUCUUCCUGGCAUAGAUUUCCGAAGUGGCAUGGGAUCUCAACAGUGGCCACCAGGAAUGCUUUCCUCAGGAGAUCAUCCUGGCCAUGCCAUUGGCAUGUCUUCAGAAGUAUCUUCAGACAAUAUCAAGGGUUCUGACAUAUCUUCCAAAGGUGCACGCUUUUCUGAACUCGGCAGAGCUUAUCACAGUAUGGUUGGCAAUGGCGUGAACUUCCAAGGAUCCCUGCAAGCUUUUAUGGACAACUUUGUCCUCAGUUCCUUGAAGAAAGAAAAAGAAAUGAAGGAUAAGGUCCUGUCUGAUUGUCUUUCCACAAAACCUCUAGUUUCAGAGAGUGGUGAGGAAAAAGUAUCUAAUAAGCAGAGAAAAACAGAAAAAUCACAGUAUGAACCUCUUGACCUCUCAGUGAGGCCAGAUGCAGCCAGUCUUCCAGGUUCAUCAAUUACAGUCCAAGACAAUAUUGCUUGGCAUGGCUGCUUGUUUUGUUCCUUUACCACAUCAUCUAUGGAAUUAAUGGCUCUUCAUCUCCAAGCCAACCACUUAGGCAAAGCUAAGCGUAAAGACAGUAUUUUAGGAUCAACCAGAAAUGGUAAAGACCAACCUAGAGAGGCUGUUGCUUCAGCAAAUAAAGCCAGCUUGCUGCCAACUUCCAUUCAGUCCAACAAAGAUGCAUCAGUCUCCAAUCUGAUUGGCCAAAUGGACUCAACUUCUGAAAGAAUGAACCAAGGGCUUAAGGAGCUGCAGGGAGAACAAAAGAAUACCACUUGGCCUGGUCACAUGGAUUCCACUUUUUGUAAUUUUGCAGCAGACUUCUACAAGCAGUUUGGUGUUUAUUCUGGAGUUGUUGGAGCACAAAAUUCUUGCACCACUAAUGAAGAUGACGUAAAAAUACAACCUGAAGACGACCCGACCAUGCUGCUUUCUGACUCUGUAAAUAAAAGUGCUACUGAUGACCUAUCAGAUAUUGCUUCAUCUGAAGAUAUGGAAUCUUCUAAGGAAGAGAUCCUUGAUGAUGAGGACAUUGAAACAGAAUCCGAUCUGACGAACAAACAGUUGUCCAAUCUAAACAAAGAUGUCAGUGACAGAGGGGACAACAUACAAGGCUCUGUUGCCUCAAAAAUAUCACAAGGACUUAUAUCACCAUUGCCACCAACUUCCGAAAAGCAGUGGCACAGUCAGAAUAGACUUUCCCCCCAUGAAGCUGCACAAGGUGCAUUGAAACCUGAACAAGUUCAAAGUCCACAAGUCCUAGAGAAGCAAGUGAACAUGUUGUCGGUCCUAAGAGCCUACAGCUCUGAUGGCUUAGCAGCCUUUAAUGGACUUGCAAGUAGCACAGGAAGUAGUGGAUGUAUCAAGAGACCUGACUUGUGUGGUCACCGGCCUUUCCAAUGCAGAUACUGCCCUUACAGUGCCUCUCAGAAGGGAAAUCUGAAGACCCACGUUCUUUGUGUCCAUCGCAUGCCUUUUGACAACAGCCAGUAUCCAGAUCGCAGGUUCAAGCGCUCCAGAGUUGACUCCGAGGCUUCUGGGAAUUUAGAGGAACCUGCAGCUGUCAAACCUGGGAGCUCCACAGAGUUAACAGAGGAGGGCUACAAAGCCCCAGAGUAACGCAGCAGAACAAAUCAAUCUGUAUCUUGCAAUAUUAUUUUACACCGUUUUUAGAGAUUCGUUUGGGUAACCGAGAGUUUGCUUAACUGCCUUCUGAGGAAAACGAAUUGUGUGCAAAUUCCCAGAAGUAUACAGGAUGUUUAAGACAUUAAAGAUAUAUAGAUAUAGAUAUAUAUUAAAAAGGCAAAGGAAAAAAAAAUAUCUCAGCCCUUGAAAAUGGCUCUUAAACUGUUACCUGGCAACAAGAACUUCCAAACAAUGUAGGUGGGGAUAAAUCAAGUGAUGUUUUUUUCUCCUAAACGUGAGGAGGUUGUAAGAUUUUUUUUUGAAAAAAAUAUUGAAAUAAAGGGGGCAUUUCCAACCUGAAAGUAGUCCUUGUCCAGAAAUAUUGCUCUUGCCAGAAAAAUGAUGCCAUCUUAAUGAUUUAAUGUUGCCUUGAAGAUGGUGGGGUGGGGGUCCUGUGUUCUCAUUGUUGAAAACACCUUUUUAAGAUGACACCAACCGCUGUCAUUUGCCUAGCAUAGUAAUAAGAUGUGUUGGUAGACGGAGAUGGUGCCAGUCUGACUGGAGCUGUCAUUGUAGAGGAAAAUCAAUUCGAGUGGGGUUCCCACUACAGGAGAAAUUUUAGACGGCCCAUAAGCUAUGGUCAGCGCUGACCUAUAUUGAAAAUUAUUGUUAUUACAUUUUAAUUUUUGAAAGAUAUAUAUAUAUAUAUAUUACACACACACACACACACGGCCAAAUGAAUCAAGGGUUAGAGGAAAAAUAUAUAUAUAUAUCUGCAGUCCAAUCAAAGCGACUGUGGAUUUGCUGUAUAAUGUCUUGGGGGGGGGGGGUUGUUUUGUUUUUUAGAUCAACUUGCAGUAUUGAGGGAAAUGUUUUUCUUCCUAUUUUGUUCCUUUUUAAUGAAGUAGGUUGCUAUAGAGAGAUUUAGAAAUACAAUAAUAAAGAACGUACUGGGUAGGAAAGCUUGCUAGCCUUAUCUAGAAAAGAUACUGGUGCAGAAAAGAAGGAUUUUUAUUCAAUAGAAAGUUGGUUUCUUUUUUGCUUUUAAAAAGACAAAAAAAAACUUGAAUGAAGGAUUCCCCAGUCAAGAAUAGUUUUCAUUAAUUAGAACCAUUUUGGGGGAUUGUUUUUAAGUGUUAUGGACAUUGUGCAGGAAGGUUGUUGUGUGCUUUUAAAACUAGAGCAAUCUCAUUUAAAGCAAUUUGACCUUAUAUAUGAAUCCAGACAUCCUGCUCUUUGUCUCUAGUGAGGAAAAAAAGAUGAAGGAAAAGUGUUAGCUAAUAUUUCUUUGUUUUUGUAAGAAGGAAAAAAAAGUAUGUUCUAUAUUUUUGCAGAUUUUAGCUUUUCUACUAAUUGGCCCCUCCAAAUUGAUUCUGUGGUUUCCCGCCUAGGAAGCUUUGGAAAGAUUUUAAUGAAAUACAUGGCCGAGUAGAAAAGAAAAGAGAAAGAAUAAUCCCAGUUAAAGGUUUUUAUUCUUACGCCCACCUGAACAGAAUGAUUUUUAGUCUUUUUUGUGUACUUCCUCCAAGAGAGGCAAAAUUGGUGCUGUUUACGAUGAUAGAGAAGUAUUAACUUCUUCUAAAAACAAAAUCAUUCAGACGUUGGAAAAAGAAAGAAAAAAAGUCAAUAUAUCCUUGCAGGCUGGGAGCACAGAGUUAUACCCCAGGGCCUUAAAAACUUCAGCUCUGCCUACAGCAGUUUACAAAAAACACUAAACUGCAAUCAAUGUAAAUAAAAUUCGUAGCGCUACCCUGAGACUGGAAAAAAAAUAUCUCAGGCUAAUAAGGAAUACGGUUUGCAUACGCUGUCAGAAAAAAUAAAAACAAGACCAUCCAAUUGAAGUUUCAGUUAAACUGAGGUCAUUGUAACUUGGACCCCCAUCUGGCAGAGGGCAAGCUGGCAUUCUCGGUGGUUUGGGUUUUUGUUUUGUUUUGUUUGUUUUCCUAGCAUAGUUCUCACUGCCUUACUUAAAUCGAGUUGAUAAACUUAAUGCAACUGUUUCUUAUGAUCCUAGGUAAAGGAUUGAAAUGUAAUUGAAGACUUUCUGACUGUAGUAAGCUUUAGGAUUUUAACUGCACUACUGUGUUUGGUGACUGUGUCGGUCGCUUGCUUUUGUGUGUUUGCGCCGCCUUCAGUAUCUUAGCGAGAAAAAAAGAGAGGAAAAAAAAAAAGAUCCCACAUUCCAUUUCUUGCACUUUUUUGGAGCUCUUUUCAGUAUUCUUUCGUGUCUUCUGAGCAUUUUCAGAUACGACAGGCAAUAAUUCCGUUUGUGACACUGGAAACAUCUCUCCCGUUCUUCGUGAUGUGUGUGUUGAAUCCAUUUGGUCUGGUGCUACGUCCCUAUCUUUUGCCUCUGACAUCCACCCUUUUUUCCCCCCAGAACAUUUGUAACUUGGAAUACAAACAAGUGACAGGAGCAGUGAAACAUUGUCAGUUUCUGAAUAUCAUCAUGCUUCUCAUAUCUAAACAUGUCAAGUUUUUUCUCUGUAACUUCUGUAGUCUGUGAUAUUGGUCAAAAUACUGUCUACAUUCCUACGCAAAGGAAAAAAAAUCUUAUCUUGGAGAAAAUCUGAGAUCAAUAGAGUAGAGGAUUUUGUUGCUAUGCUUGUAACGAUUAGAAGAAAAAAAACCUUUGUAUUUAAAGUUUAUUCUUGGUCAUUAUUUAUUAUUAUAAUACAUCCGUUGACAGAACUUUAUUCUGGUAUAGAAGUAUUAAAAGUUGUUUUUCCCCCCAGCAAAUGACUGUUUUUCUUUCUGCUGUUAGAAUAAAAAUGUCUUUGAAGCAGUACAGUUUUAUCCAGUGUUUUACGCAAUAAAACCUCUACCUCUGGAACAAACAAACAAGAGAGAAGUUUUCCUGCUUGCUUAUGUUUAUUAGGAACAGUUGCAAACAUUUUUUUCUGCAGCUUUGUCAGGUUUUUUUGAGGGGGGGAGGCGUGUUAAUGUCAGUAAAGUCACAAUUGUUAGGCAGUUACUGGAGUGUAAUACGCUGGGUGUUUGCUCAGUCUUAUUAUUAUUCUGACCAAAUCUAUAAACAGUAUGUAUGUAUAUAGAUAUAGAUAUAGAUAUAGCUUAAUUAAAGACUGUUGAAAUCUG